GAAAGCCCGGAGUGACCCGGACAUGCAACCGGGGCCUGUUCUGUGACAGCAGCCUCCUUCCUGUAGCCCGGUUGAGGAAGUGAAUUUCGCUGACAGGGCUGGGUUCAGUGAGGGAGAGGCGAACAAAACAUCUUAACUAAAAAAAGCAACAAGAGACGAGAGGAGCGACUUGUUAAACUGCAGUAAAGCUAAGGUGUACAGUCAUCGGUGAAAUCGUGCUCCCCUGCCCCGCUGAGACUGCCACAGAUCGCCGCAGACAUGAAUGACCAGCAGCUGGACUGUGCCCUGGACCUGAUGAGGCGUCUGCCUCCUCAGCAGAUUGAGAAGAACCUCAGUGACCUCAUUGACCUGGUGCCCAGUCUGUGUGAGGACCUCCUCUCCUCUGUGGACCAGCCCUUGAAGAUUGCCCGGGACAAGGUGGUGGGGAAAGACUAUUUGCUCUGUGAUUACAACCGAGACGGCGACUCCUACAGAUCCCCGUGGAGUAAUAAGUAUGAACCUCCCAUUGAAGACGGUGCAAUGCCUUCAGCUCGCCUGAGGAAACUCGAGGUUGAAGCCAAUAACGCCUUCGACCAGUACAGAGACCUGUACUUUGAGGGUGGUGUGUCCUCCGUGUACCUCUGGGACUUGGAUCAUGGCUUCGCUGGAGUUAUUCUCAUCAAGAAGGCCGGGGAUGGAUCCAAGAAGAUCAAAGGGUGCUGGGACUCCAUCCAUGUGGUGGAGGUGCAGGAGAAGUCCAGCGGUCGUACUGCUCACUACAAACUCACCUCCACCGUCAUGCUGUGGCUCCAGACAACCAAGACCGGCUCCGGUACCAUGAACCUAGGCGGCAGCCUUACAAGACAGAUGGAAAAAGAUGAGACAGUUGGAGAGUCCUCACCCCACAUCGCCAACAUCGGCCGCCUUGUCGAAGAUAUGGAGAACAAGAUUCGCUCCACACUGAAUGAAAUCUAUUUUGGCAAGACCAAGGACAUCGUCAACGGCCUAAGGAGUGUUCAGACUCUGGCUGACAAGUCAAAGCAGGAGGCUCUGAGGGUCGACCUGAUGGAUGCACUCAAACGCAAGCAUAACAGCUAGAGAUGCUACUGUUGUUUUUCUUCUGUCUCUCUCACUCUCUCCGCCUCAUCUCUGCCAUCUUUUCUCUGUUUCUUUACGUCUCUCCCUCCAUGCCUGUUUCAGUGCUGCACUCUUGUCAUUUGUGGAAAAACAAAAAAGGAGAAAAUGCUUAGCUUUUUAUUUGUUUUUGUUUUUUUUUUGUUUUUUUUUCUGUCAGGUUUCGUUUUCACACAUCUCAUCUGCCAUGAAGCCAUUCACUCACGCUCCCUCUGUCUCUCUUCACUCCUCCCUUCUCUCCGUCUCUUCUCUCCCAUGUUAUAAAUAUAAUGAUAGUAUUACCACGGUUAAUGAUAAUCUUACAGUGUGAGGGUCAUUGUAGUAAUAAUCCCUGAUGUUCUCACAGCUGACAUGUCCUCGGUCAGUUUCAAAUGAGCGAUCUUUGGCCCCGCUCUUCCUCCGUGACGAGGAAACGGACACAGACUGUGCUGUAGGUGGUGUAGGCUCGGUGGGGCUGUCAUUAUCAUGGACAUCAAAUUUAUUUCUUGCACCUAUUUUUGUCUAUGACACCCCCCUGAUAUAUUUGUAUACAAUUAUUACUGUCCGUGAAUAACUGUCAUUACUCUGGGCGAUGUAAACGGUGUGAACACAAGGGCGGCCUUCGGUUUGUCUUAGACGGUUUUUACUCUUUGUUCCUCUCUGUCCACAUGCAUGUGAGCCUGUGUGGGAGCAUGGGGGCUGCAGUGAGUGGAAAUGUAGACUUAUCAAACAUGGGGAUGGACUGUUAUAAUCACCGGGUGAUUACACCCACGUCGUCAACCCAACCCCCUACACUGAGUAUAACAUGACAGUUUGCCUCCCCUGUGUUCUACUUAUUCAACUUUUCUCUGUCCUCACCUACUAUGUCUUUGUUGGGAGGUCACACUUUUGUCUUUGUGUCUCAGUGGAAACAUUUGACUGUUUCCAUUUUGGAGGGGAAUCUUUUGUUGUACUUUUGUUUUUAUUUUGUAAAGCUUAUGAUUCAUAUUGUAUUAGAGCCUCCAGCAACAAUAAAAACAGUAAAAAGCUA